AAUUAAAUUUUCAUUGCACUUACUAACAUCAGGAUUUAUAUUCACAUUAAUUAAUGGCAAGAAUUAGCAAUGUCUUGAAGCAGUAAUUUUAAAAAUUCAUAUCAUCGUGUGACUUGGAGUUUUGUCAGCUGAUUAGUAAUUCCAUAAAUCCUCAACAGAGGAAGAUUUUGCUAGCUGUUUGAAACUAAAAUAUUGUUGUCAUCGUCCCGUUCAAUUGUUUGAACUUCUCCGAAGAUCCAACUCCUCAACGAGAUAAAAACGGUAGCACUAAGUAGAAAAAGAGGAGAAAAAUGAGUCGAAAGGAAGCACUUUCACAGUUUAUUCAGCAAAUCCAUGGACGCCCGGUGGUCGUAAAGUUAAACAGUGGAGUUGAUUACCGAGGAGUUCUGGCCUGCCUGGAUGGAUACAUGAAUAUCGCGCUUGAGCAGACUGAGGAGUACGUGAAUGGACAGUUGAAGAAUAAAUAUGGAGAUGCAUUUAUUAGAGGGAACAAUGUCCUCUACAUUAGCACCCAAAAACGACGAACAUGAGAGGCUUUCACGUCUAAUUAAAAAUUAAUUACCAAUCACUUUUCCAUCGCUCUUAGUCACUGUAUGAAAGGACAAGGCAGCAUUUCAUUUCUCAAUAAAUCAUCUAUGAACAUUUUGUA